UAAGUUCUGUAACUACCUACUAAACGUAAGAAAUAAACAAAGUGUACAGGUACCACAAAGUUAUUGUGAUUUAUUAUAUUGUGUUAUUUCGAAAUGGCUGCAAAAUAUGAAAAAACGAAGACUCAGCUAGUAGCUAUUUAUAAAUUAGAGUUUUAUAAAAACAAAAAGAAUUGGAAGCUGUUCGAGAAGACAGUGAAAGAACCAGACUCGCGACCGCAGACACCAAAUAAUAAAUUAUGUGAUUGCAGCAAACUGAACCGGACUUACAGUGUGGAGGAUGUGCAUGCUGAACCGGAAUGUGAUACGGAGCAGUCACCACUCAACAAGGCCUUUCUACAUGAUGAACCUGGGGGGACAGAAGACGAGGAAGCUCCAGACUUGCUCCCAGCUGAGUUCGACCUGCCGGAGCCAGCCACACAGUGCCUGUUCCAGCACCAGUGGGGGGACCGCGAGGGCAUGUGGGGGGAUAUACAACAGCAGGAGUGGUGCGGUGCGCAGGCGGAGGGUAUGCCGGAGGAGCUCGCGUACGAUCACUGCGACGGACCUUACCAUCGCGACCUCUGGCCACCAGUCCGCGAGGUGUCCCCCGGCGCGGUCCCCGGCGGGCUGCCCAGCGCGGAGCUACUGCGCGCCGCGGACUGCUGUCUGCACGACACCUACUGCACGCUCAGCGAACUACAUGACUCGUUGGAUGAGAGUGCAGAGUUCAUUCGCGGUGCUCACGCCGCGCCGCACUCCUCUGAGCUAGAACUGACGGACUGCAAUCAUGAGUGUGCAUGUGUGCGCGAGUUGUGCUGGCGCCUGUCGAGCGUGCAGCUGCAGCGCGCGCUGCGCUCGCACCGCGCCGCGCUGGCCGCGCUGCUGCACGAGGCGGCCCGCCGCGGGACGCAGGUAGGGCCCGUUGUCACAGAGUAG